UGGCGGGGAGGUCGCCGGCCGCGACAGGCACCUCUCUGCCCUCCCAAGGCCGGCAGGCCCGCGGCCGUCCUGCGCCACACCCGGGCCCGGCCCGACGGCCCAGGACUCGUGCGGCUGAGGUCGGAAGAGGCCGCCCGCCUGUGCGGAACGCGCGAAUGUCGGCGCCCACCGUCUCCCGGACGCAGCGCCGCGCGGCCCCUCCGCCCCUUCCGCCGCGGGUUCCACAGCGAGUGCGAGCGGGCGGCGCCGGGGCGGCGGAGGAAGACUUCAGCCGAAAGGGAUUGGGCGGCGGCUCUAGCUGGCGGGUCUUGGUUUGCGGAAGGGGCUGAAGUUCCUGCUCCUCCGUGACCUGCGCGCGGCCUGGCCAAUCCCGCCGCCGCCACCACCCAUCCCCCCAACCGCGGUCCGUUGACCGGCGUGUCCAUGGUCGCUGGCCCCUUGCCGAGCACCAGAGAGCGGGGUGGCGUCCGCUCCUCCGAGUCCUCGGUGUCGGGGAAGUCACCGCUCACCAUCCCCUGCCCCGCCUUCGGUCCUGCUCCGGGGACCAAACCACGGAAAGGCAGUGGCGGGAAAGGGGAUCCUCUGCCGGAGAGUUGAGGGAACAUGAGCCAUUUGCAAAGCUUAUUGUUAGACACCCUCUUGGGAACCAAGCAUGUGGACAGUGCAGCCCUCAUCAAAAUCCAGGAGCAGAGCCUGUUUGUGGCAUCACCAGGUUUUAAUGUAAUGCCCAGUGAUGUCCGAACACUGGUGAAUGGAUUUGCCAAGAACCCUUUGCAAGCCCGAAGAGAAGGAUUGUAUUUCAAGGAAAAGGAUUACAAAUGUGUCCGGGCAGAUGACUAUUCUCUUUAUGCCAAAAAUGAGAACACUGGCGUGGUUGUUGUGAAGACUCAUCUGUAUCUUCUGGUGGCAACUUACACUGAGAGCAUGUAUCCUAGUGUCUGUGUGGAAGCCACAGAGAAGCUGGGAGACUACCUAAGAAAAAAAGGAAAUUAAGUCAUCAGAGGCUCGUGAAAGACACUUCUAUUAUUAUAGAAGAAAACUGGAGAGCCUAAAGAAAAAAUAAUAUUUUAUGGUUGAAAAACACUAAAUGGAAGGUACUAAAAAAGAAGAAUGAAUUCAGAGAGCAAUUUUUAUUACUUCAAGAGAUCCUCUUCUUUCAUUGGAAUUACUUCAUCAACUGUUUUUUUUUUAUCAGUGUUGGUCAU